GUUUGACAGUAGGAUCACGGCCUUGUUUAGCAAGCAAACAGUUUUCAUAAUUUAUACCUUCUUGGUGUCUCUUUCAGUAGACAAAACUAGAAAAUUUAAUUAACUCGUCAGGAAAUAAAGGUAGGAGAAACCAGUAAAACGCGGCGAUGGAGCCGCAAAAUGUUCGACCCACAGAAAACAAAGAAGAGACAGGGGUCGAUAAUGAGCGGGCCGCACAGAAAUCCCCGGGCCCUAGUACGACGUCCACCCCGCGCAGGGCAAUAAGAGGACGCGGGGCUGGCCGCCCGAAGGCCGAGGUGCCUUGCUCACCAGGCACUAAUGGUGCAACGACAAGCACAACGAGCUCUGGACGUGUGUUACGGGAUCGGUCGACGCGAGGGGUACCCGUUUGGAGGCAAAGCGAGACGGGCGAAGACACAGAUGAACUAAGUCACGAUACAGCCGCAAACCGCCGAAGGAAGCCCGCUUGUCCGCGGCGUAGGAGAAAUGUUGCCGCAGCAUCGUCUGAAACUGCUAAGGAGGUCGAAGGAGAACGUGGCCCCGCUUCUGAGUCUGGAGAGGGUCAAAGGGUCACUGUUAGUCGAGCCCCCCGGGGGCGCCGGGCCCAGACUCGUCCCAAGACGAUCUCCUCUCGCCCUGUGCGUGGCUCACCCAGGAUGGUGAUAAAGGCUGAGCCAGAAUCGGAGAGUCCGUACGAGGGCGACAAGUCAGGUGGGAAGAAGAAAGGAGGCAGUGAGAAAAAGACGGAUGAGGAGAAAGAGGAGGAGCAGGAUGUUCUCCUGGGUGAAGAAGAUCCUCUGUUCGAGGACGACCCAAAAGAUAAAAACUACCAGCCACAGUCGCAGAGUGGUGAGGAAGAGGGAAUCAGUAGUGAUGAAGAUCUUCCUUUCAGAGAUGAUCUGAAUGACCAGAGCUACGACCCCAAAGCCGAGAGGGACCCUCCAAAAUCUAGACGCCGGGCCCCCUCCAGGCCACGAGAGAAGAAGGAAAAGGCGCAGGCGAAGGAGAAGGAGAAGGAGAGAGAAACGGAAUCCGAGACCAAAAUAAAGACGGAGGGGGGAGAGGGCACGGACGUGAAGCUGGAGAACGAGUUUGGGGAGGUCACCGAGCCGCCCAGGAAAAGAGGAAGGCGACGGAAAGAUGACAAAAGUCCUCGUCUUCCAAAGAGAAGGAAGAAACCCCCAGUGCAGUAUGUCCGUUGUGAGAUGGAGGGAUGUGGAACAGUCUUGGCCCACCCCCGCUACUUACAGCAUCACAUUAAAUACCAGCACCUGUUAAAGAAGAAAUACGUGUGUCCUCACCCCUCCUGUGGGAGACUUUUUCGUCUGCAGAAGCAACUGUUGCGCCAUGCGAAACACCACACGGACCAGAGAGAUUACAUCUGUGAGUUCUGCGCCCGUGCCUUCAAGAGUUCACACAACCUGGCUGUGCAUCGCAUGAUUCACACUGGAGAGAAACCCCUUCAGUGUGAGAUCUGCGGCUUCACUUGUCGUCAAAAGGCGUCUCUGAACUGGCAUAUGAAAAAACACGACGCCGACGCCUCCUACCAGUUCUCCUGCAGCAUCUGCGGAAAGAAGUUUGAAAAGAAGGACAGCGUGGUGGCACACAAGGCCAAGAGUCACCCAGAGGUCCUCAUCGCUGAGGCUUUGGCAGCCAAUGCCGGCGCCCUGAUCACCACCCCAGGGGCCCUGCUGGAAGGCUCUACUGGCCCCGGGCCAACCGAACAGGCGGUGCCUGAGCCGCAGGUGGGCCCUGUCGCCGAGGUGAGCCCCCUGACGCAGGUGGGCCCUGUCACGGAGGUGAGCCCCCUGACGCAGGUGGGCCCUGUCACGGAGGUGAGCCCCCUGACGCAGGUAGGUCCCGUGAUGGUGGUGGAGCAGGACCACACACUCCACACCAUGCAGGUGCCAGUCACGCUGGCCCUGCCUUCGGCGGAGGAGGACGGGGGCGCCUCCGCAAACAUCGCGCACCAGCCGCAGCAGCAGCAGCAGCAGCCUGGCCACACCAUGCAGAUGCCGCUGCAGUUUGUCUCCACGGCGGCCAUCUCCCAGCAACAGGCGCAGAUCCAGCAGUUGCCCCUUCAGACCAGCGCGGCCGUCACCCAACCCAGCCCUCAUCUUCAGCAGAUCCCCCUGCAGACCUACAGCCCCCAGCCCCAGAUCCUGCACAUGACCUUUCGCACCAUUCCCCAGCAACAGCACCACAUCCAGCAAAUCCCCUUACUCUCCACUUCACAGCAGUUACCCUUACAGCCCACCCCCUCGCAGCAAACCCAGGCUCUCCCCAGACCACCUAACCCCGCUCCCAAUACCCAGCUCCUGACCCAAGCCCAACCUGACGCUCCUACUGACUGCAGGGAAAGUUUAGGGUUUGGCACAGAACCUGCUCCCCAGUCUGCCUCCUCUCCCGUGCAUCCUCACCCUUCUGCCUCGGCUCCCUCUCAGGAACCCGGGGACGGGGUCGUUUGGGAGGGACACGGAACCGGCGAGAACGGGGGUGGGGUUUGGGAAAGGGGCGGAGAAUCGCAAGGCCAGGUUUUGACGGACAGCUCUGAUGGACAGAUGCAACACGGACUGAUGUAGAUCGGUAUGGGGGUUUGAUGGUGUGUAAGGGAGAAGACUGCAUACUAUAUUUCAAUCCCAUUAACCU